AGGAGCUCCCAGACCCCUCAAAAGCUGCUGGCCCACUAGGUACUCCUGGAUCCAUUAGUAGAAGAGAGCAGCUCGAGUGGCCAUCUGGGCUGAGGACUCCCGAGGGAUAGCAGGCAGUCUGCGCCUGCCUUUGAGAGCCUUUUCCUGCCAGCCAAGCCAGCUCACAGGUGGCCAUGACCUCACUGCCCACUGGAGCCCCCGGGGACCCCGAUUUGUUUUCUGGGCUGCCGCCAGCCGGCUCCACUCCAACCAACCAGAGCGCAGAGGCCUCGGAGGGCAACGGGUCGGUGACAGCCCCCCGCGCUGCAGCAGUCACGCCCUUCCAGAGCCUGCAGCUGGUGCACCAGCUGAAGGGGCUGAUCGUGACGCUGUACAGCAUUGUGGUGGUCGUGGGGCUGGUGGGCAACUGCCUGCUUGUGCUGGUGAUCGCGCGCGUGCGCCGGCUGCACAAUGUGACCAACUUCCUCAUCGGCAACCUGGCCUUGUCCGACGUGCUCAUGUGCGCCGCCUGCGUGCCGCUCACCCUGGCCUAUGCCUUUGAGCCUCGCGGCUGGGUGUUCGGUGGAGGCCUGUGCCAUCUGGUUUUCUUCCUGCAGCCGGUCACCGUCUACGUAUCGGUGUUCACACUCACCACAAUUGCUUUGGACCGCUAUGUCGUUCUGGUGCACCCGCUACGCCGGCGCAUCUCACUGAAGCUCAGCGCCUACGCUGUGCUGGGCAUCUGGGCGCUAUCCGCGGUGCUGGCGUUGCCGGCCGCAGUGCACACCUACCAUGUGGAGCUCAAGCCCCACGACGUACGCCUCUGCGAGGAGUUCUGGGGCUCACAGGAGCGCCAGCGCCAGCUCUAUGCCUGGGGGCUGCUGUUGGGCACCUAUUUGCUCCCCCUGCUGGCCAUUCUCCUGUCCUACGUCCGAGUGUCGGUGAAGCUGAGGAACCGCGUUGUGCCUGGCAGCGUGACCCAGAGUCAAGCUGACUGGGACCGGGCGCGUCGCCGCCGCACCUUCUGUCUGCUGGUGGUGGUGGUAGUGGUGUUUGCCGUGUGCUGGCUGCCGCUGCACAUCUUCAACCUGCUUCGGGACCUGGACCCUCGUGCCAUUGACCCCUACGCUUUCGGGCUGGUGCAGCUCCUCUGCCACUGGCUCGCCAUGAGCUCCGCCUGCUACAACCCCUUCAUCUACGCCUGGCUGCAUGACAGCUUCAGAGAGGAGCUGCGCAAAAUGCUGCUCUCCUGGCCUCGAAAAAUUGUGCCCCAUGGCCAGAGCAUGACCGUCAGCGUGAUCAUCUGAUGUCACCCUGUCAGUCCUGAGCUGGAGGGCUUCAUAUCCCUUAGCCCAACAUGAGACCUAAUUCCCAGCACCAGAGUUAAGCCAACACAGUGCGAAAUUUGCACCCAGUCUUCUUGUCUAGCUGUCUGUCUGGUUUUUGUGUUUCUGUAAAAUGUUAGGUGAUCUUUGGAGUAGAAGAGUCUGGGGAGAGAGAAACAGAUUUAUCAAUUCUUCCUUCGGCUCCUGAAAGCAAAACCCAGCUAUUUCUCUGGGUUCAGAAAAAUAAUUCAGAAGCAAGUUUUUCUUUUUCUUUUUCCUUCCAUGUUUAUUCUGUGGGUGAGAUUUAAAUGCGAUGCUGGGGUUGGUGAAGAUAUUCAGCUUAUCUUUUUGAAAGGCCCCAGCUGAGAUAUAAUGACAGAUUGUUUUGCCAACCUGAGCCUUGGAGUCUAUUAUUUCAGAUAAUUAUAUAUCCCAAAUCAGUUUCUAGGAUUUCAACAUUUCCUGAAUAAGACCUUUAUGCUCCAAAAGAUUAUCAAUUUUUAAACCAUUCAGAUUUCUAGUAUAAAAUCCAGUUUCAAGUUCUCUUUCAGGAGGUGCUGUCUUUGUCUCCCUUCUGACUCCUCAGCUACUAUAGUGAAAGGAUGAAGGAAGCAGGUCAUUUGGUAGAGAGCUUGCCGAGCCCUGGGUUCAGUUGCUGCAUAACAGGGUGUGAUGGUGCAUGUCUGCGAGCCCAAAGCUCAGGAGAUGGAAGAAGAAGGCCCAGGAGGUUAUGGUCAUCCUGGGUUAUAUAGUGAAUUUGAGACCGUACAGACAUCGUGCGCGCGCGCACGCGUGUGUGUGUGUGUGUGUGUGUGUGUGUUGUUUACCACAAUACAGAAACUCAAAUGUUUGGCUUUGUGAAUGCUCAGUGCAAACUGUGUGCCUCAGCAUUCUCCUGCAGCCUCUAAUUGCUGAAUUUCAACUGAUCAACAGCUGCCAUCUGACUGCUCAGCACCUGUUCCCUGGAGACUCUUGCAACAUAUCAGCCCAGACGCCAAGGGCUGGAAAAAAAUUACUUAAGGAUAGCACAGAAAAAUAAACUCUUAUCCACAAGAUGCAUAGUUCAAAUGCUAAUCCCUUUCAGGGUUGUGGAAACAGAUGAAGACUGCUGGGCAUGAACCUGGGUUGGUGAUCAGCACAUUGACCUCCCGAGAGUUUUGCUAAUGAGUAAUGUGUCUGGGACAAGGGCUUCAACAAUGUCUGCUGGGGUGGUGAGAGAAGGGGCUUUGGGAAAGAAUACGUAGAAUCCUGCUAUUAACCUAGACUCUGUAAAUUGUAUGGCAGGAACGAGUGUCUGUAAAAAGCCUGUGAGGUUCUCGUGCUUCUCCAGCAAGGUUUCCUCUCCUCUUCUAUUACUGUUGGAAAGAGACUUGCUCGUUUAUCAGAAUGCUGUACAAGAGGAGGUGUGGUGCUAAAAUGAAAAGGCUUAAACAACUAGGGUCACACCUACAGCAAGAAUAUUUGCUCCUGAGCCAGGCAGUUCUAGAAGUCUUUAGUAGCUACUUAGCUACAUCCCAUAGACCAGGGAAAUGAUGUUCAGAGAAAAGCUGGAGCAGGUUAAAACUGGGAGAUGGUAACUACCUCUGGCGGUAGCACCUAACUGACUUGGAGCUUCAUCUAAAGGCUGGAGCAUGGAGAACCUAUAUUCUAGCAAUGCAGUCCAUCAUUAGAACUGUACUGUUACAGACAACAAUGGUAUUUGCUAGGCACCCAGAGAUGGACUUUUGUGCUUCCUGUGGAGGCUCAGAGCCAGGUCAGCUUUUGAUGAGCACAAGUGGAGAGAACAGGAAAUGGAGGAAGAGGUGCGAUUAGUUAGGGGGAGAUGUAGUUGAUUUUGGUCUUUUUGUUGAAAUGGAUGGCUGCUCUUAGAAUUCCCAAGGUUUUUAGAAAUCCAAACCAAACCAAACAAAUUACAUGGAUGCCUAACCCUUGUUAAUACCUCUUUCCCAAAAUUUAAUCGACUUGAGAUGGGGUCUACAGUCUGCAUUUUUCAAAACACUUCUGGAAAUUUUAAUGUGCAGCCUAGGUACAGUAGCUUAAGAAAGGCUAUUUUUCUAGUGCUGCUCAGAAAUGCCCUUGUGAGUCUUCAUUUGUACCUACCGAAGCUGUUAAGAAUCUGUCCUUGAAUUUGACAGUGAGUUAUGCACCACAGCUGAAUACUCCACCAGUCUUCAACAGCACCUGAUCUAUCCACUUUAGAGAACAAUCCUCAUGAUUAGAAUAUUUGGCCACUCACCCAGCAAUUCUUUUCCAUCAGUUCCUGUGUAUCCCGUCAGUUUAGAAGGAACAUUAUUCAGUUUUAGUUGAACUGCUUAUAAAGUUACCCAUCAUGAACUAGUCCAAAACUUCACUGUCAGGGUGUUAAAAAAAUAAAUAAAACGUUCCCUUAUUAUUGUAAGACCACACGAACUGUGAGAAGAAAGUGUCCCUCUUAAUGAUCACCACCAGUUUGUAAUGCAGUGAUUUAGGUGAAAAUUUUAAACAUUUGCAGUUUUCUGGGGACCCUAAAGAGGGUGUUGAAUCAGGCUACACUUAUAAGUAUCUUUGCAAAUUGUGAAAUUGGCAGCUGAACAGCAACUAAUUAAUUGUUACUAGUUGUGACAUCUAUUUGGAAGUAGUUUGCCAAACAAACUGACUUGUGAAAACAUCUCUUAGAGAUGGUUUCAGGGAACUAUGUAUAGGCUUAUACAUAGAAGUUGUAUUUCAUAAUUUGUUUCUGGUUAGUAUCAAGUGCCCGAGACAAGUAACCAGGUUUACUUCUGCAGGAAAUGAGUCAAGAGCAAAGCUGGGAACCAAGCCAGCUUGGAACUCGGCAGCAGCCUCCUUUCCCAAGGCUGACAGGAGGCUCUGUAAUCCUUUUUUGCAAGCAUUGUCAACAGGCCUCACUUUUGGCAUGUGAUUAAUAGAUUUAUCUCACCAAAUCAACAGAGGAGUAUUUCAAUAUGUGUUGGCGGUAGUGACCUAGGAGUAGCAACCAUAGGUGACGCUGAAGUAAACAAUAUUCCAACUGAUGUAACCUUUUUUGAGCUUCUGCCUAAUGGAUUUCAGGCUGCUCUCUUUGCGAGGGCAGCUCAUUUUCAGGUUUAUUUUCUCUGUGAACUAUUCAACCAUCUUUGGUCUGCAUUCCUGAUCGUCCAGUAGUGUUUUAGAUGCAAGGCCAGGAACUGACCUCAAAGGCACCCGUGUAAGAGCAUAACUUGACGGUGAAUGGACUCACUGUUCAUCACUCCCAGAGAAAGGUUGGGAGUGCCUGUGUUCCCCAAGGCAUGUCUGUAAUGGAUUCAUGACCACACAUUGAUUUCUUUACUAUGUGUGUAAGAUGUUUUUGUUUCUGAGUCAGUGUGGAGACUUCUCAGGCUGGGGCUUGUAGUGUGUUUGACAUAAUAAAUAUUACAUUGGUUG